AUGGCUCGUGGGCUGCUGGGCACACUGCUUGCGCUCGCACUAUGGGAAGUUCACUAUGACUUGGCUUCUGCUGGAUCACUCGUGUCGGGUGCAGCCUACGGCUUCGCCACAGGAACUACAGGAGGUGGUGACGCGAAACCCGUGUACCCGAAAACGAACAAGGAAUUGGAAACUUACCUAAGCGACGCCGAGCCGCGGGUGAUCGUACUCAACAAGGAGUUCACGUUCAUUAAAACCGAGGGGUCUACUACAGAAAGCGGCUGUCGUCCGGAGAGUCAACAGAAAUGCCUCGCCAAAAAGAACGAUUUCAAAGGACAAGACGCGAUUAAAGUGUUAGUCUCAACGUCCUCGGACCAGAAUGGCGGAUGCAGCAUCGGAGACGAGAUGGUUCAAGUGACUUACGAUAAAGCCGCCAGGACGGCGCUGACUGUAGCGAGCGACAAGACGCUGGUCGGUGAGGGCACGAAAGGAGUGCUGAAUGGCAAAGGUAUUCUUAUUUCCGGUAGCAACGUGAUUGUGCAAAACAUCCACAUCACAAACUUGAAUCCUCAUCUGGUGUGGGGUGGUGAUGCCAUCAGCAUUGGUCAAAACGACGCACCGAAGGGUAUUUGGAUCGACCAUGUCAAGAUUUCCAAUAUCGGCCGGCAAAUGCUGGUGGUCAACUAUUCCGGUGCGACAGGAAUCACGGUCAGUAACACAGACUUCGAUGGCAACACAAAGUUCUCAGCUUCGUGUGACAGUCACCACUACUGGAGCAUCUUGUUAUAUGGCAAAAGGACUGAGGUGAGUCUGCUUGGCAACUACAUCGACCACACCUCAGGUCGGUCGCCCAGGGUUGGAGGUCACGGCGACGAUACGGUAGUUGUUCACGCUGCCAACAACUUCUUCAGCGAGAUUUCUGGCCACGCAUUUGAUGUGGACAAGGGAGGAUACGUUCUGGCAGAAGGCAACUACUUUGCUUCGGUAGCGUCAACAAACCAGGGAAAAUCCGGCAGUAUGUUUGCGCCAACUGCAGCUAACGACUGCAAGGCGGUCAUCGGCCGCGCCUGCUCGGUGAACGUUUUUAAAAGCAGCGCACCUCUGAAGGGAUGUACAGGAGAUGCGGUGAGCUCCCAGUUCACCAGUCUCAAGAAGUACAUCGCUAGUUACAAGGCAGGCCUUGCUACACAAUUUGCAGAGGCUAGCGGCAACUUUGGCAUUGGCGAAUUGAAAGAUGCUGUCGCACCAUCGGGUGCCUCGAAAAAGAGCGGCGUCGCGAUAUCUGGCCCAGAUGCGUCUGCGGGUGGAGAAGAUGCCGAGAACAGCGUGACGCAAGAAGACCACCCAGCUGACAAGACACCGAAAACUACCGACGUGCCAGUCUCAACGGACAAGUCUGGCGGGAAGGCAAGUGGCAAGGAUGGUAGCGCUGGUUCCGGCAACAUGCACAAGAGUAAAGAUGAUUCUGCUGGUUCGAGCAAAGACACUUCCAAAGACAUCGACGCCUCUGUCGGAACUGUUGUUCCAUACCCAGGAGACAACAAGAAGCCUGUCCAUGGAGAGGAACACCAGGAGUCCACUGAUCACUCACAGGAUAUUUCGCAUGAAGAAAAACCAAAGUCGAGUGCCUCAAAAAGAAGUGACACCGCCCCCGUGCCUGGCUUCGACGAGUUUGCGGGUGGGGAAGAUGCCGAGAACAGCGUGACGCAAGAAGACCAUCCAGCUGACGAGACACCGAAAACUAUUGACGUGCCAGUCUCAACGGAAAAGACUGGCUGGAAUGAAGACACGAAAGACGAUCAUGGCUGGAAGGGAAACGGCAAGGAUGGCAGUGCGGGCUCCGGCAAUGCGCACAAGAGUGAAGGGGAUUCGACUGCUUGGCAGGCGGACAAGAAAUCCGAUAACGACUGGAAGGCAAACGAGAAGGAUGGUAGCGCAGGCAAGCAGGUGGGUUGGCAGGGGAACGCGGAAGCCGCUAGCUACUGGAAGGCAAUGGGCACGGACACUGCUGGUGCUGGCACUGUGCACGAAAGUGAAGGCGAGAAGGUUGUCAAUGGAGAGGACCAGCACAAGGCCGAUUCUAAGCCACAAGAUGUCUCGCACGAAGAACCCAAGAAGAGCAAUGCCAUGCCCGAUUUUGACUUUAACUCCGUUAUGCAAGAAGACGUACCAGAGGACAUGAAUCGCAUGCGCAAGCUUCGCAUGAGACACUAA